GAGUACUACUUCCACCUGGGCCCCUUCAUGGCGAGGCGAGGAGAAUUUUGCGCCCAUAAAUUUGCCGUUGGAAGGUAUUGGAAGGUGCUGAAAGAACGUAUCAAGCCUCUGGCGAAGAAGCAUUCAGAUUACUUCCUAGUCCUCAUCUCACGAGUCUUAAGCUCCACGGAGUAAAAGUAUCGCAAGUAUCAACGCGCAGUCCCAUCAUGCAUAGAGACCUCCAAGGCGGGUGGAUUGACCCGGGCCCAGUUUUAGCUAUAAUCCGAGACUUUGUGUCGUUCAUUGAUGGCGUCUGCAGUUGCGACCGCGAAUCGCUAGAUGUAGUGAUUGUGAAAACACUCACAACGAACAUGUCUUCUAAAAAGCAAACGGCGGAUGGCGACCCGCAAUUCGCAGCGAAGUCCAACAUGCUUUGGGGGUUGAUUCGAGGGUGGGAUCCCGCCCUAUCGCUUGAUGAUAUUGCCGAAGACCUUUGGACUGAACGAAAUCCAGACUUCCCCACGGAUUCGUUCGUUGACCUGAUAGAUCGCAUGAUCAGGAUGUGUCCCCGCCGUCGCUUGUUCAUUACGGAAGAUGGACACCUAAGACUAGGACCAGGAGCGUUGGAUGUUGGCGAUGAUGUCGCCGUAUUGCUAGGUGGCGGGACCCCAUUCGUGAUUUGCAAGGUUCCCGAGGAUAACGAGCAAGAAAACCACAAUCGGUACCAAUUAGUGGGCGAGUCCUAUGUCCAUGGCAUCAUGAAGGGCGAGAUAAUUGGGCUCUGGAAAUCUGGUCAGCUGGAAUCAGAGGAUAUAGUCCUCGUUUGAGUGACCACGUCGUCCUUUAAGAACGAACUUUCUACUCUCCAGCCUAAUUUCUCACGAAUAGCGAGCCAAUUCCACAAACGCGCGGCAGCAAGCACUUGCACGAUUGUCGAAGCAAUGCUGCAUUUUCCAUUCUAUUACGAACUCACACGUCAAACUUCAGUAAAUCACUAGGUUAAACAUUUGGGUGUUUCAGUAUUGGAAAAAGGAAUUUUUGAGUGAAUAUGGUAAUUGUAGUUGUGUUCUUGAUUCAUAUCA